UCUCAGUUCUCUCAGAUUAGUUUCUGCCAUUGCUGAACUGUGAACAUUUUCAGUUAUCUCUCACUCACUCUAAUCUACGCAAGAGCUACGCACACUGUAGAGAUGGAGGCGAGGAGGCCUUUCCUCUUGCUUUCUCUUUCACUCCUUUUCUUCAUCUACCCGACCAAUGCUCAGAUGCCCGGUUUUGUAAGCAUAGACUGUGGAGGGAAGGAGAAUUUCACGGAUGAUAUUGGUCUUGAGUGGAUUCCUGAUGAUCAAUUUAAUUAUGGUGAAACAGCUAAUAUAUUUGUUGCAAAUGCGACUCAAAAGCAAUAUAUGACACUGCGGCACUUCCCAGCAGAUAACAGAAAGUAUUGUUAUACUCUCAAUGUUGUGACUAGAACACGUUACCUUGUAAGGACAACAUUCUUGUAUGGUAACUUUGACAACAAUAAUGUGUACCCAAAAUUUGAUUUAUCAUUGGGGGCUACUCAUUGGUCGACAAUUGUGAUUUCGGAUGCUAAUACUAUUGAGGUUCGAGAGUUGAUAUUCUUGGCUUCUUUUCCCACAAUUAGUGUGUGUUUAUCCAAUGCUACAACUGGGAAGCCAUUUGUCUCUACACUUGAGCUUCGGCAAUUUAAUGGUUCAGUUUACUAUACAGAUUUCGAAAAUCAGUUUUUCCUUAGCACAUCUGCAAGAAUUAACUUUGGUGCAGAGAGUGAUGCUCCAGUGAGGUAUCCAGAUGAUCCAUUUGAUAGAAUAUGGGAGUCUGAUUCUUUGAAGAAGGCAAACUAUCUUGUAGAUGUUGCUGCAGGCACUAAGAAAAUCUCGACCAUCAUGCCUAUUGAUGUUAAUAGAAAUGACAGACCACCUGAAAAAGUGAUGCAGACAGCUGUUGUUGGUACAAGUGGACUGUUGACAUACCGCUUGAACUUGGAUGGCUUCCCAGGUUUUGGGUGGGCAUGCACAUACUUCGCUGAAAUUGAAGAUUUGAGUCCAAAUGAGACUAGGAAAUUUAGGCUUAUCCUCCCUGGCGCACCUGACAUCACCAAAGCUGCAGUCAAUAUUCAAGAAAAUGCCCAGGGGAAAGAUCGACUGUACCAACCAGGAAUACCCAACAUAUCACUUCCCUUUAUAUUGAGUUUUCAAUUCCAAAAAACGUCUGACUCAUCCAGGGGACCGCUCUUGAAUGCUAUGGAGAUAAAUAAGUACUUGCGGAUAAAUGAUGGUUCUCUUGAUGGAACAGUUAUUGCCGAUCUAGUUUCACACUACUCAGCUGCAGAUUGGGCCCAAGAGGGUGGUGAUCCAUGCUUGCCAGUUCCAUGGUCAUGGGUGCAAUGUAACUCGGAUCCACAGCCAAGGAUAGUUUCAAUUUUUUUGUCGAGGAAGAAUUUGACAGGAAAUAUUCCUUUGGAGCUGACAAAAUUGACAGGCUUAGUUGAGUUAUGGCUUGAUGGAAACUCGCUCACAGGUCCAAUACCUGCUUUUACUGGAUGCAUAAACUUGAAAAUAAUUCAUCUUGAGAACAAUCAGUUGAGUGGUGAGCUGCCUUCGUCUUUAGCAGACCUACAGGAGUUGAAGGAAUUAUAUAAUAGUUUAUCUGGAACAGUUCCGAGCAGUCUUCUUGAAAAGAAUCUGAUUUUGAAUUAUUCAGGAAAUAUCAAUCUUCAUAAAGGAGGGAAUCAAAGGAGCCACAUGAAAGUAGUUAUUGGAUCAUCCGUUGGUGCUGCCGUGCUGUUUAUUGCUGCCAUAAUAUCUUAUAUAUUUAUGCGUAAGGGAGCGGAGAAAUAUUAUAAGGAAGAGAAGCUUCCUCCUCCGCUGCCUGGCCAGAGACUAAUAUCUUCCUUGAGUGAUGUUGCUACUGAAGCUGCACAUUGCUUUGCAUUUUCUGAAAUCGAAGAUGCCACCAAGAAAUUUGAGAAGAAAAUUGGUUCAGGGGGCUUUGGAGAGGUUUACCAUGGGAAGAUGAAAGAUGGAAAGGAAAUUGCAGUCAAAGUUCUAACCAGUAAUUCCUAUCAGGGGAAGCGUGAAUUUUCAAAUGAGGUAACUCUACUUUCUAGAAUACAUCACCGGAACCUGGUUCAAUUUCUCGGGUACUGUCAAGAACAAGGGAAGAGUAUCCUUGUUUAUGAGUACAUGCAUAAUGGAACUCUGAAAGAACAUCUUUAUGGACCUUUAACAUGUGAGAAAAGCAUCAGUUGGCUCAAGCGCCUAGAGAUUGCUGAAGAUGCUGCAAAAGGGAUUGAGUAUCUUCAUACAGGCUGUAUUCCGACCAUCAUCCAUAGGGAUCUGAAAAGCAGUAACAUCCUUCUUGACAAGCACAUGAGAGCAAAGGUCUCAGACUUUGGCCUAUCGAAACUUGCAGUAGAUGGAGCUUCUCAUGUCUCGAGCAUUGUUCGGGGAACCGUAGGAUAUCUAGAUCCUGAGUAUUACGUCUCUCAGCAGUUGACAGACAAGAGUGAUGUAUAUAGUUUUGGUGUUAUUCUUCUUGAGCUCAUAUCUGGUCAAGAAGCAAUAUCGAAUGAGAACUUUGGUGUUAACUGCCGUAACAUUGUCCAGUGGGCAAAAACACACAUUGAGAGUGGGGACAUUCAAGGAAUCAUUGACCCCUCGCUACAGAAUGAAUUUGAGAUCCAAUCAGUGUGGAAGAUUGCUGAGAAAGCAAUGAUGUGUGUUCAAUCCCACGGGAGUAUGAGACCUUCGAUAUCAGAAGUGCUGAAGGAAGUUCAGGAUGCAAUCUUGAUUGAAAGGGGAGCAGAAGUGAGAAGAGAAGGUAACUCUGAUGAUAUGUCAAGAGGCUCUAUGCACUCUUCCAUCAACAUUGGAUCCAUUAAUCUGAGAAUGGCUGAGCCAUUAGUUUCCUUCGAUGAGUCCAUUGGUCAUCCAACAGCUCGAUAAGUCGCUUUAUCCAUCUAAGUGUGUAAUUUCUUAUUAUUUUCUCCCUCAGUCCUGGUUUUGAAGUAUGGGCUGGAGUAAUAGAAGCAGCUUAAUGCACUUCAUACGCUUGAGAUAGGUAGA